AUGUCCUCUGGGCAAGCAGAACAGCAACUCGCAAAGAAGCAGUUCAGAGACUGGUCGUUGCCACCCGCCUUCUUGGCACGCCUGAAGGCUUCUCCAGAGGCGGUACUUGAUGAAUUGGUCCCUCUCAAGCCCAUCGAGUCUCAGAAAAAGGAAACACUCAAUGAGGCUACCCAAUCGCACCCUUUCAUCGACGCCAUGAAGUCGGCUGGGGACGUUAGGACGGAGAAGGGUGCUCUUGCUCACCAGUCUACGGAUGCGCCGCUCGUUGACCUUUUCAUUGAUCUUGCCCCCGGCGUUGGGGCGGAACACCUUUUCAAUCUCCUAAAGGCUGCUUGGAAGGAUGAUGCAUUGUCGACUUUGAAGAUAGUUUUCCACUCUCGGUCUAUCCAUGAGGGCAAGGGGUACAAGGAUGGUUUCUUCCGCGCUGUAGCCUGGGUAUGGGAGUACCACCCCCGGACAUUACUUGAAAACCUUCACCUCCUCGUCAAUCCUACUUGUCCUCCCACUCUCAACGAGAAACGAAACUCCACCAAGCGUCAGAAGACGGAAGAGGAGGAGCUGAACAAGGGUAAUGUGGUAGCAUUGGAUGAUGAAGGAGACGUCGACCUUGGCAAGCCACCGGUGGAGUAUUCCAGCCGUCCCCAUGGCACAUUCGAUGAUCUUCUUGACUUGCUUGUCCUUCAUAUCAACGGUCAGCUUGACACUUCCUACACCAAAUCGCUCAACGCCGUCGACGAAGGCCUCGCUCCUGCCAAAGCCGGGCAUACCUUCAAGAAGGCCCGUCUGAGCGCCAAGGCAGAAAAGACCGAGAAGCGCGAUCGAAGUGGCUUCAAACGGAUAUCUGGGGAAGCCAAGAAGCUGGAAAAGUCUGAUGACAGUACUAGUGGCGCUGCCGAGAAAGAGUUUCGGGUCAAGCUCUUGACAGCUCCUGAUAUGACCCAGAAGCACUAUCUGCUGGCCGAACGUCUUACAUCAGCUUUGGAGGAGGAUGAAAAGUUCCAAGCUCUCUACAUCACGGUCGCUCACAUCUUCCACAAGUAUCUCAAGGCCGACCUUCAGUUGCUUGACCAGCACAGAGAGGCGCUCCGAGCACCAACCGAAAAGACCAGAUACUCUCCUCACUUGCUCAAGUUGUCUUUUGCUGCCAAAUGGGCUCCAACGCCGGGCAAGUCAGCAGACAAGACGCUUCACAUCGCAACUGGUCUUUCGGCUCUUCUCUUCCCCAGUUUCGAUGGUCAUUGGGCGAGGCAGAAGCUUCAGAAAGAGGUAUUGACACCAUUGAGAGAGGCAUUGGCGGUGCCCGAGGUUGCUAUGUCCAAUAAGUCUUGGAAGAUCGACUACACAAAGGUCCCAUCGCGAGCCAUGAGUCGCAAUGCUCAGAGUUUCGCGGACAACGAUCCCAAGGGUUUCCGAGCCUACAUUGAGAAGGUCGCCUCGGGACGGACUACGAUAUCGGGUGCUAGCAUGAUGCCCCAUGAGCUUUUGCUCAACGUGCUCGCCGAUGACAACAAGUCGGUCAUAUUGAAGCAGCUUGCAGGCCUCCAGUGGGCUACACUCGUCGAAUCCAUUCGUUCUAGCUCCAGCAGUGCUCUCUCAAACUGCAUCGCCAUCGCCGACGUAUCCGGUUCUAUGGGCUCAAUAGAAUACAACAUGGGCAGUGCCAAGGCUCCCCAACCCAUACUUCCCUGUAUCGCCCUCACUCUUCUCCUUUCAGAGCUUUCGGAAGCGCCAUGGAAAAGUCACUUCUUUACGUUCUCCGAGGACCCAAAGUUUGAAUAUAUUGACGCAGCCCUUCCCCUCGCCGAACGCGCGGCGAAACUGAACCGCUCAAACUGGGGCAUGUCUACUCAAUUCGCCAAGACGUACGAGCUCAUCCUCCAAAACGCCAAGAGGGAAAAUCUCGCGCCAAAAAAAAUGGUCAAGAAGCUCUUUGUCUUUUCAGACAUGCAGUUUGAUAUUGCUGGGAGGGCUAGCUAUGGCGAGACGGAACAUCAGGCGAUGAGGCGGCGUUUCAAGGAAGAGGGGUAUAAGAUUCCAGAGUUAGUUUACUGGAACCUAGCUUCCCGGGAGAAGGGGACGCUGAAGCCUGCCAAGUCGAAUGUCGAAGGGGUGACGCUCGUCUCUGGUUUCUCUGGUGCGCUCAUGAAGUUUUUCCUUGGCGAGGAGGCGGUGGAUGAAGAUGUCGAGGAUGAGGACGAUGAGCUUCAAGGGUCAUUUGAAGCAGUCAAGAUUGGAGAGCAUGACGAGGGGGGCAAUGGUACGGUCAAAGAUGGAGAGAAGAAGAAGAUAAAGGCCAACCCUUUGGACCAAGUUCGCAAGGCUAUUGGCAUCGAGCCAUUUGCCGGGCUGAAGGUGAUUGAUUGA